AUAUUGCAAAAGAUAUAUUUGCACAUACAACAAAAAUUGAGAUAUCUGCUCUUGGCUGUCGUUCUGAAGCUGAGACUUCAGAUUCUGGUUUGUCAGGAUAUCAGCUGGAGUUCUGGUGUGCUCUGAGGCAAUCUGAAAAGAAUUUGGUAAUACUCUACGGAGAUUUGCCAAAAAAUAAAGAAAAUGUAAUAUAUUUAUCAAAUCAUCAAUGUACAGUUGAUUGGAUUAUUGCAGACAUGCUGGCAAUUAGGCAGAAUGCUCUCGGGCAUGUCCGGUAUGUCUUGAAAGAUGGGUUAAAAUGGCUUCCGCUGUAUGGGUGGUAUUUUUCACAGCAUGGAGGAGUCUAUGUAAAAAGAAGUGCCAAAUUCAAUGAAAAAGAAAUGAGAGAGAAGUUACGGGCCCAGAUGAAAGCUGAGACUCCGAUGUAUUUAGUGAUUUUUCCAGAGGGGACUCGUUACAAUCCAGAAAUACCAAAAGUCAUUGCAGAUAGUCAAUCAUUUGCUGAAAAGGAAG